AUGAAUGUCUACUCGAUGAUUUGCUGUUACAAGGCAACAAUCUUCACUGAGGCCAAAGAGAUGACAACUGUGCAUGAGCUGAAAAAGGGGGGAGGAAUACUAAAGAGGCCACCAGAGCCAAAGCAGUUCUACAAAGAUGACCAUCUACUGGAUGGUGUUUCUUUUCUAGACGGUGGCUUAAGAAGCCAAAGCUGCCAUCUUCAUUUUCCUGCCACGGUGGCCUGGGCUUUAUUCAGACUUGGCAAUGGAACCUUUGAACCAUUGUGUACUGACCCCUUCUCAAGCACCCCAGAGCUACCUGAUAUUAUGAAGCCACAGGAGUCUGGUAGCAGCUCUAGUGAGCCAGCCUUGUGGAAAACCAGCAUCUCAUGUUUUGCCUUUUGCAGACAGGGUGCUGGUCUUGUCUAUGUGUCCUGUGUCCACUCACACCCUUCCAAAUGUGUCUAUCUGACCAAUAAAGCAUUGCAAUUCAAUUACAUGUCAGUGUGCUGUAGUGUCCAGGCAGCCAACAAGACUGUUUCCUGGGAUCCUUCUCUCAAAUUAGUGCUAGAGAAGAAGGGUGGCAGCAGCUACAUGUGUUCUUCCUAG